AUGUCGGGAGACUGCCCUAACGGCUCUGAUCUAACCUCAGAGGAGAAGAGGAUCAUCCUGUCCGUGUAUGGAGGAGAAGGAAUACUAUCAGCCACUGUAUGUCUCACUGCAUUACUCAUGAUUAUAAAACUCAAGUAUUACAAAGACACGGUACAAAGGCUAUUGUUAUGGCAGCUGAUAGCUGGCCUGGGUUUGUCCUUGUAUAACAUGCUCAACUUGUUAUUCAUCAAUUAUGAUGAGGAGACCAGCUCCAGGGCCUACACUGUACUGUGCUCUAUUGUGGGAUACAUUGGCACUGUGACCUUUUUUGUUAAAAUAGCUUUCACCCUCUGGCUGACGAUAUUUCUAUUUCGUUGUCUUGUGUGUCUCAAGGAUCCAAAAGAACUCAGUAAAAUGGAGAUACUCUACGUCAGUACAUCACUAGGUCUUCCAUUACUAGUCUCACUGGUCCCUUUCAUUCAUCAUUCGUACGGUAUUGCAGGAGCUUGGUGCUGGAUUAAAGAGUGGAAGGAUGACUGUGCUUCUGAUGAAAAGCUGGUUCUUGGAGUCAUUUUUGAAGAUGCAUUUUAUAGCUCAGGGGCAGUCAUUGCUCUGACCAAUGCUGUCCUUAUCACCAUAACUCUGUCCACAGUUCUUUGUAGAAUAAGGUGCAGCUGUGUUGGGUCUUCAUCGUCAGAAAAAGAGCAGCUUUUAGAGACAGUUCAAUUAAAGCAUAAGAACUUAUUAAAGAAGCUGCUGCCACUUAUAGCUUAUCCUCUGGUGUUCUUAUUCUUGAUAAUAUUUCCACUAACAAACAGGAUAUAUGGAGGCAUUGGGAAAAGGAUCAGUUUCCCUUUGUUCAUGCUACAUGCAGCUGUUGAGCCUUUUUGGGGUCUCUUUGUCGGUGUUGCAAUAAUAGUUCACAUUGCAGUCAUUGAGUAUAAGAAAAAGACUAAAAAAAUCCACUUUAAAGUUCCUGUGGUUACAGGAGUUCAGUCAAUGAGGAGGUACAAUGCAUUAUCUCCAGUAGAUGAUGCUUACACAGUAGAUACUGUUGCUGCCACAAGUGCUAAAACCACAUUUGAGCCUUCAACAGAGAGUAUAGACAACUGCAGCUGCACUGAUGAUAAUAUUAAUGGCUCUAUAGUUAGUACUGAUGUUUAUAAGUAA